AUUCCAUCCUUUCAGCUUGCCUCUUCACCAGCUGUCCCUGCUUAACUAAGUCUGUUGUUUUGAUUCCUCGAUACCCUGGACAAUCACCAUGCCAAUGCCAAUUCAAAAUCAAGAAAGUUACAUUUCCAUUCCAGUCGCUAGAACACCUCACUCUGUCAGAAUUAGAAGAGACUCUGUCCUCAACAACCCAAUAGGUUCAUUCAAAGGUGUCAACUCUCUAGGUCGUUUUGCUUCUUCCUUUAGCAGGGCUCAAUCUUUCAGAACUAUUGAGCCAAUUCAUGGGAAUCCAAGAUCAUAUUUCAAAGAUGAUGACGAGUUAUACGAUCCUGAUACAUUGGCUCCAUCACAACAAGGUGAUCGUCUUUCAACUGUUUUGCAAAGAGGCACCCCUUCCGUCUAUUCAUAUGGAGCUGUUCAAGAUCAUGACUCUAGCUUUGCUGACUUUACUGAAUCUACACCAUUAGUUUUGAAAAAAGUUGAAACAAAAGGUAAAGUUGUUACCGUUAUUGCAGGACAAUCAACUGCCCCUCAAACCAUUUUCAAUAGUGUUAAUGUCUUGAUUGGUAUUGGUUUAUUAGCUUUACCCUUAGGUUUAAGACAUGCUGGUUGGGUGAUUGGUGUUCCUGCUUUAUCAUUAUGUGCAUUAUUAACUUUUUACUCUGCGGAUUUAUUAUCAAAAUGUAUGGAUACUGAUCCUACUUUAAUGACCUACUCUGAUUUGGCUUAUGUUACUUUUGGUCCAAAAGGAAGAAGUUUAAUUUCCUUAUUGUUCUCGUUAGAUCUUCUAGCGAGUGGAGUUUCAUUAAUUGUUUUAUUUGCAGAUUCUUUGAAUGCCUUGAUUCCAAGUAUCCCAAUAAACCAUUUCAAAAUUUUAGCCUUUUUUUUAUUAUCACCACCUUCAUUUUUACCUUUGAACGUUUUAAGUUUGAUUAGUUUGUUUGGGAUCACAAGUACAAUUAGUGUUGUUGUUAUAAUCUUCAUUUCUGGAUUUUUGAAAGCAGAUAGUCCAGGUUCAUUGAUUCAAUUUGCUCCAACUAAUCUAUAUCCUGAAACUUUUGCAGAUGGGCUUAUUGCUAUUGGUAUAUUGAUGGCACCUUUUGGAGGCCAUGCUAUUUUCCCAAAUUUGAAGGUUGAUAUGAGACAUCCUCAUAAAUUUCAAGAUUGUUUGAUAACUACGUAUGGUGUCACCUAUUUGACAGAUAUGUCAAUGGCUGUCAUAGGGUUUUUGAUGUUUGGUGGAAAUGUUAAAGAAGAGAUCACAAAAUCUGUCUUAUUAACAACUGGUUAUCCAAAGUGGACAUAUAUUGUUAUUUGUUCAUUGAUGGCAAUCGUUCCUUUCUCCAAAACUCCAUUAAAUGCUAGACCAAUCAUUGCCAUUUUUGACCACAUGUUUAACUUACAAGAGAUUUCAAACUUAACUGGCGUUAAGUACUACUUUAAUUCAGGAUUAAAGAUUUUCAUCAGAUUUAUGGUUAAUGCAAUGUUUGUCUUUGUUGCAAUUUUAUUCCCUGAGUUUGAUAAAAUCAUUGCAUUCAUGGGUGCAGGUUUAUGUUUCUUACUAUGUCUUAUCUUACCUGCAUCAUUCUAUCUAUCCAUCUGUCGUGACACUGUAUCACAAAGAGAAAAGAUCUUUUGUCAUUGUUUAAUUGUCUUCAGUGCAAUCUUGUCAAUUGUUGGUAUUGGAGCUGCGAUCAUUUAUUAA